AACAAUCUUCAGGCUGGAAAGACACUGGGCCACUGCAUGGCCAAUCUGACACAAUUAGGGUGAAACGGGCCAGAAAAUACUAUUCUCUCUCUUUCUCCUCUAUCAAUCGAGGCUUAAAAAACUCUGCAGAAUGGGGAGACGAGGGAGGGGGAACAGCGACAAUUAGCGAGAACCUUUAAGUGAAAAUCCUCAUCGGCGAGGAAGCCAUCACUGAGGUUUGUCCCUGCUCCGGAGGAACAGAUUUGUUUUUCUUCGCUGAAAUUUGGAACACUGAAGUUGCAGAUGUGAGCUUCUUGCAAAGGAAUGUAUUUUGCAAGCUCCCCCUGCCUGCCACCCCUUUCACUUAUGUUUUGCUACAGGAGGACCACACAGAUCCUGGGUUUCAUACAAGGAAAAUUAUAAACAGUUUCAUCCAGCCUAUCUCGUCAUAUACUGAGAGGAUUUGUGCUCAGAGCUGUGCUGCUGUAGGCCUGGAAAUGGGUCCCACGGCUGACUCCUCAGUGACGACCAAUCGGUGGCCAGGAUUGUAAAUGAGAGAAGGGGAGGGAAAGGGGCGACUUUUUCUUUCUUUUUUUUCGUGGCGGAGGGGUGUUGUGGAGAAAUGCUCGGCGGACCGUGAAGCGUAACAGCCAGAAGGACAAAGACUCACAUAGCGGGACAAAAUGGGACUGAGAGAAAUAGCUCUCAACUAAAAAACAAAACAAAACAACAAGUUUGGAAUGAAUGCGCGGGUGGAUGUUAAAAGUAGUUGCGCUGGGAAGAAUCGAAACUAGCAAUGGCAGGAGAGAUGAGUUCUAGUGUAGUAUCUGAGUUGUGUACAUUAUUGUAGUUAGAGCGCGUGUAAACUUUGGAUAGACCAAUGGCGCGUUUCACUGGCCACCUCAGAUUUGCACCGGUGAUGCGGAGACAGACUGCACUUUGGAGUUUGGAUUUCUCGUUUUUGAACGGACAUGCUUCCCGAAAUGACUUUUCCGUUUCUUGCAACUACGCGUGGUGAAUCCCCUGAGUCAGAUCCUGACUUCUACUGUUGCAAAUCUCACCAGGAGGAGCCAAACUCAUCCAAGGUGCAAAAGUGAGUGGAGAAUUUUUGAAAGAGCUGCACUGGUAACAGGUUGUUUGUUGCGAAAAUUCUCGGAUGAAAAGAAAACUUGUAUGAACUUCAGUGUGAAAGUUUCUGUGCCUGAGUCGCUCUGAUCCUAAUGUGCUGGUGGAGAAAGUGCACGUCACCGAACUACAACUCCAUCCAAGCAUGAAAUGUUGGUGCAGCGCCCUGGCACUUCUCCCGUGGGUGCUGGUGGCCUUGGAUGCACAGCUAAUAUGCUGGCAGGCGCUUCUGCGGUGCCACAACGAACCCGAGUGCGAACUUGCAUACAAUCAAUACAUGACAGCAUGUGAAGGUAACAUCAAAGGAACUAGAAAGCAAUGCCCCAGCCACUGCAUCAGCGCGCUGAUAAGGCUGAAUCACACCCGCAGUGGGCCAGAUCUGGAGACCUGCGACUGCGCUCAAGACCUGGACUGCCUCAACGCCAAGCGGGCCAUAGAGCCGUGCCUGCCCCGCAGACACCCGAAGGACGCCGGAGGUAUAGGGUGCAUGGAGGCCCGGCAGCGCUGCGAGGAAGACAGCAACUGCCACACCUCCCUCACAGCCUACUUGUCAUACUGCGGGCAGCUGUUCAAUGGCCGGAAGUGCUCCUCCAAGUGUAAAGCUACCAUUCAGCAGAUGCUGUUCAUCCCAAACGGCAUGCUUCUGAACCGCUGCAUUUGCGAUGGAGUGGAGAGGCCUUUCUGUGAAGUGGUCAAGGAGAACAUGAGCAAACUUUGCUCCAUAGGAGACCACGGCGUUGUUUCAGACCCAACUAAAGAUUAUGAAGAUCCAUACGAAUACGAUUACCCUAAAAAUGACAAAGAGGUGGAUUUUAGUGAAAACUCCUCUGCUUCUCAGAGCUUAUCCAGAGGCGUGUUGCCCUUGUUUCUUCUUACAGCACGGAUAUUAUACUGAGAGGAUGGGUAUUUUUUUUUACAGUUUUAUGAAUAAAAUGUACUGUACAAAAGUAAAAUUAUCCCGUAUUUAAUUUAAUAACGACUUGGUAACUUUCUCAAAGACACUUGAGCAGGGCGAUGCUUUGCUGGCAGAGGACUUGAAUUCAGGUCUGCAGGAUGAGAAAAGUUAUUUUUUCGUCCCUGGGCCCCUCAGACUUCUCGUGUUAGUUUCUUGGUGACAGAGAGCACUGUAAUGGUUUGUGUAAAAUUUCCACAACCUUAGUAAUUCUCCAUGCACAUCUCACUCAGGAAGUAUUUCCUUUCGAUUCGUAUACUGUACAUGCUCCUUUUAGUUUUCUGAGUUAAAAUUCCCCACCUGUUUAAGUUAAAAGAAAGCCUUUGUCAAAAAUAUCAAAAAAAAAAAUUUCAUGUGGCAGUGAGAGGAAAUUAACCAGACCGUAUUUUGUUGAAGCGCACGACCACUUUGUUUGCCCUCAAACAGCUCCUGUUUAUUUGGUUUGCUUUCAAUGGUACUUGAAGUGUGGCCUUAUUAAGACCUUGGACAAACAUUGGACCCAUCCAGUUUCUAUUUGCUUUGCUCUCUAUUUCAGGGGCCUUUUCAUUGUUGCAACAGCCACACUUCAAAUAUUUGUAGGAACAGUGAGAGGACAGGCAAGGGUGUGGGAUCAAGUACUUAAAUUAACUGAAGCGCUUCUCCAGCACUCUGUCUUGUUCCCCUCCCCCAUUUGAGAUUGUUUUAUUGAACUUUUCCUGAGACCACCCUCACCCCCUUCUUCCUCCAUUCUACUGCCUACCCCAUUUGAGGCCUCUAAGGAGAGCCCUAUCUUUAUUACUGCUUUCACAGUGCUGCUACACUCCAGGAACAACUGCCAGCUGCUGGUGUGAACAAGUCAGCGUACAAUAUCUACAGUUUGUCCACAAGACUGCUCACAUCAACAGGUGGUCUGACAGUGCUUUGCUUUCUUUAUCCAAAACGCAAUGUUGGAUUUAAGCAACAUAUAUGUAACAAACUGUGCAAGUUAAGGAUGAGUUCUUAAAGUCAGGUUUUAUGAACUAAACAAAUUUUGCUGAACAAAACAUCUAAAGUAACACCAAGCAACACUAAAGCAGCAAUGCAGUAAAUGGUAAACAAAGCAGUGUCAUGACAGUGUGUGAACAUCAAGAAGUAGUCUUGUUGUUCACUGUGAGCAAACAUAGUUAUAAUUCCUUAUAUGUUCCUUAUUUUAUGUCACACAGGUUGGCUUGAAGUUGAAAGUGUUUCUUAUUUCAUUUUAAAACGUUUGUCAGGAUACUUUUAAAUUAAAUGAUUUUACCCAGUUAUUUUCUAAAUGACACACACACAGAUAAACUCAAGUUAAUAAUAUGAGAUUUUUACAACUUUUUCAAGUUGAGGAUCGUUUCCUCAGUAAUUGUACUUUGAAGUCUUUUGUGUGUUUCGAGGCUGAAAACGUCAGAGCAAAACAUCACAUUCAUAUUUGUACUUGCACACAUUGCUUUGAACAGCUGCUGGGUGGUUGAUUUUACCUGUUUGCAGGUCCAGGGACUGAAACCAGCAGAAUUUCAGUCUGACUUCUUACUUCCACGUUAUGCUGUUUAACAAAAAGGGAAAAUUAAAAACAACGUUUUUGUUAGUUUUGAUCACUUUUUCUGAAGCUGCCAGUUUGUGUCUUUGCCACUUGAAAUGCAGUCUUAAACAAUGAAUGUUAAGUGUUAAAUUAUGAAGCUAUAGUAUGAAGAAUGUGUAUAUAUUUUACCGUCAUAUGCAGUAAAACAAGUGUUGCUUAAAUGCUUUUAAUAUAAGCAAAUGUAGCUCAAAGUUUGUUCACAAAACCUGUUUUUUGGAUGUAGUUUUCAAUGUUUCCUCUCAUUUUUCGGGAACAUAGCAGUAAACUCUUCAGCACAAUGUCUUCCUUCCUCCAAACUGGAGGAUGCGUUUUAUAAUACAUAUAUGACCUAAUGUAGCCCAAGAAUAAAAAGGAAUAAAUAAUGUUGAACUUUUAA